AGGAGGUUGGUUCAGCGGCCUCCGCUGACUGUGGAACUUGUGCAAGCUCUGGAAGACAUCGUACUUGGCGUGUCGCGGGUCAAGUUUAAUGACUACGAUCGUGUAUGCGCUGGCUUCUUCUGUUUUGCUGUGUAUGCAAGGGCGCGCUACAGUGAUGCUCAAGCGUCUGCAGCUUUGCAGCUUGAUAUUCUGGAGGCAGACGGCUGCCACGGGUUCUUGGAAGCCUCAGUGACUCGAUCGAAGACCUCAUACAGCCUGGAGAGGAAGACGCGCUACCUCCCGGUAGUGGCACCGGUUAUGGGUGUCAGGGCGGAUCCAUGGGGAGUCGUCUGGCAUGAGCUGCUGCUGAAGCUGGGGGUUGAGCUGAAGGAGGGAGCGCCCUUGCUGCCUGUACCGUUGCAAGGUGGUGGCUUUCAACAGUUGCCGGUCAGCGCGGAGCAUGCAGGGCAGCUUUUGCGUGAGCUCCUCAGGCGGGAGCUUGGCGACUCGGCUGCUAUCAACGCCCUGGGUACUCACAGCUUGAAGCGUACUAUCUUGAGCUGGCUCGCGAAGUACGGUGUGGCGCGAGAGAUCAGGGCUAUCCUCGGUUACCACAGCACUGAUUGUGGCACGGAGAUAAUAUAUGCUCGUGACACUUUGAGUGGGCCUUUGAGGCUGAUGCAGGAGGUCAUCGAGGCUGUGACUUUUGGAAGGUUUCGGCCAGAUGCUACUAGGAGCGGUUACUUUGCCAGUGAGAAGCUCGCUCGUAACAGUGAUCCUCAGGAAGAGCAUGACAGUUCGUCGUGCGGCAGUGAGGAUGAAGAAGCUCCGGAUCAUGCUGAGGCCGAGGUGCGAGUUGUUUUGAAUUUCAACGGAAGUGCCGGUUUGCUCGAGGUUCUCGAGGCUGUCUUCAAGAAGAGAGUUGAAUCUUCCGGGUUGUCCAAGGAGGACGCGACAAACCUCCUGAGUGGCCUCAGGACUUUGAAGCAGUUGGCGUUUGUAAGUUCUUACACGCCGGGGCAAGCAGAUGAGAAGCCUUUGCUAGAUGCUUUCACGAAGUUGGUGAAGCGUGACACCGGGGCUGACCUGGCUGCGCAAGCUUCCUUCAGGGCCCUUUUUCACACUGCAUACGCAAUCGUAACGACCGAGCUCAGGCAGGCUGUCGAGAAGACCGACGAAUCCGUCACAAGAACCCUCUCUGCUCCUGAGAGAGAGGAGAGGUACACGAGGCAGGUGAAGAAAUUGGCCGGUGUCUCGAUCAAGGGCGAUUCGGAACCCUCCGAGGCUCUUGUGGACUACUGUGUCUCGAUUUACGAGGCUAACACUCUCCGCUUCAUUCCAUGGGAGAAAUGUACCAGCCGCCUCGCUGAGCUUCAGGGCGAUGCGAAGAAGGACACUCGGUUUACGCAUGAUGCCCAAGGCAAGGCGCUCAAGCUUGAGACCAAGCCUCAGGAUCUCCAGUGUGCUGUUGAUUCCGAGAUUCAUGUUAUGCAGGCUCUCCAGCGGCGAGCCCUUGCGUGUGAUCAAGCUAAUUUAAUUGAUUACACUGUCCUUGAAGAGUGGCAUCAAAGGCUCUUGAGAGCUAGGCUCUUUGCAGAGAUGCAGGAUCGCAGCCGCGCGGGCAUCCAGUCCGAUGCGACUGGUAGGGCCCACGAUGGCAAGGGCCGGGGCAAGUCCAAAGGGAAGCGCACCGGGGUCCUGCCCAAGGUAACAGUGCUUGAUCUGUUUGGUCAUAAUGGCCUCUUUGGAAAGGCUUGUGCUGCUAGUGGCUUCCAUGUCCUGACGUAUGACGUCAAAAAGCCCGAGCGGGCAACUCAUAAGGUUCGCCUUUUCAGACCCGAGCGGCCUGCUGCUUGGGAGUUCUUUGCUCGCCUGAUCUUGGCGCACAAAACUUUCCAUGUCAUGGUUUAUCUGUCCGAUGCAGUUGAUGUCAGUGUAGGCCGUGCUCUUGUGUCGCUUCUUCAGCGCGAACAUGUUCAAGCUAAGUGGACCGUGCUCGGUCCUGUGGCAUGGGCAGUCCUAGAUCAGCUUCGGCCCAUGCGCCUGUGUGCUUGCCGUUUGCACCUAGGUUCUGGACCUGCAAAAAUUGCUGGAUACUGUCCUUGUCAGCAGCCUUCGGAGUUUUGCUCUUGUCCCGAUACUUCGCAGUUUGCCCCAACGAAGCAGUUUGCCGAGCUCUUUGCAGAAAGCCUCCGCUUGGCUGCUGCAGAUGCUGGUCUUCGGGUUGAUGCACAAGCCCAGCUGCCUUGUCACAAUGCUUGGGUUCAGCGCCAGGCCAAAUCAUCAAAGAUGCAGCCUGUCAUGCCUGAAUAUCGGUACACGGUGACCGUUUGCGUGCCGGAUGCUUCGGCAUUGUCCCUGGAUUCCAAAUCAUGCCUUAGUGUUGCAUUGCACUCUGUGCCAGCCGGCUCUCGCCCAGCCUCUGCCACAUUUGGUGUCUACCGUACACAACAGGAGUUCGUUUCGGCAUCGCUUGAGCUCGAGCAUCCCUUCGAUGCCUUUGCCUACAUCCCUGACGGUGCCGAGUUGCACAAGACGCUGGAUGGCAGUGUUGCUAGUGUCUUGCGAGGCAAAAAGCUGCUGUUGCUCGAGCGGAUUGCGCAAUCGCUAGGGUGGCCCGAUGGGGGCCUCUUUGAAGACAUCAAGAUUGCGAGCGCGGCCACUGAGUUAGACCAGGAGCUUUGGCAGAAGACCCUUGCAGAGCGUGACGACAAAGGGUGGAUUAGUGGACCGUACACUUAUGAGGAACUCGACAGUAUGUUUGGCCCGACUUGGCUGCCGGUGAGACGCUUUGGCAUCCGCCAACGUGCCAAGCUCAGAUGCAUAGAUGACCUGUCGGAGAACGCUGUAAAUGCUUCUUGGGAAGUCGCAGAAAAGAUCGAUUUGCGUGCUCUAGAUGAGCUCUUGUGGGUCGCUUCCCGACUCAUGAAGGUUAUGCUUGACAAGGGCUACGUGGACCUUCAGCUUUCUGAUGGAUCGAAGGUGCGGGGUCCUCUGCAUCCCAUGUGGAAGAGCAACAGCUCCGGUGUAAAGCCUGUUCUUAAGUGUGUGGACUUGGAAUCGGCGUAUAAGCAGUGGCCCAUCAGGCCACAGGAUUCGAAGCGUUGUGUGAUAAGCCUGCGCCGCCCAUCAGAUGGCUUGCCCGUCGGCUUUGUGUGCCAUGUGCUGCCUUUCGGUGGAUUGGCGAGUGUUGGUCACUUUAAUCGUGUGGCUAGGCUUCUGCAGCGGAUAAUGAUUGAGCUUGGGUGCAUGGCCUUCAACUAUUUUGAUGACUACCCGGUGCUCGAUCUCAGCUUGACUUCAGGCAGCACCGAAAAGACGAUUCGGGCGCUUAU